GACCCCGGCCCUGGGCGAAAAACAUCUCUCAUGUCGUUCAGUGUAAAACGUAACCCAGCACAAGAAUACACUUCCUAUAAAAUUUUCAGUUUAGAUGUUUAGACUUCCCUAGUUAAAAGCUAUGUUAACAGAAAACGAAAAAAUUGGAUGUAAAGAGUUAUUAUCUAAUCUUGAUGAGAAUGAUAUCAAACUGCUAAAAGAUACAGUAACGGGAAAGAAGAUUAAUGCAGAAACAAAAUCAGAGGCAAUCAAUGUUUUGGUUACAUACUCUGAAAGUGCAGAAGAACUAUUAAAACGUCAGAGGUUGAAACGUGAUUUCCUUUUCCAAUACCUAGUCCUCAAGAAUGUGGUUGUUCCUGUGAGGGCAGAGAAGCGCAUCCUGAUCCAAGCAAUUAUUCAACAUUGGAAUGGACAUCAGGAGAUUCCUGCACAAUCUACCAUACAGAAACCAGAAACUAAUAUUGGAAGAGACCUAGCAUACAAAUUUAUACCUUGGUUCUAUAAAAUGCUAAAUGCCAAUAAUCCUACAAACUUUGAACCAAAUGAAUAUGGAGCUCAACAUUUCUGGGAUGAUUGUAAGUUAAAAAUGGUAUGCGCAACCCCUGACAUUACAGAAGAAGAACAUCAAGGCUCUACAGGGGUCUGUGCAAGAUUACUAGCAUUUGUACGUGAAGAACGGUUACUAUUUAACCCCAAUACUACCCCAGAAGGGACACAGGGCCAUAGUACAGCACAUGGCUUAGUUAAUGUGUUAUCAUGUGGAACAAUACACCGCAAUGACCUAUGUUUAGGUGUGUUUGAGCAACAAUUUGGAUUAAUACGUGACCCAAAUAUGCAAGAUAAUUGGAGGAUUAAAUUCUCUCAUUUAAAAGUGAGGAGCUCCCAAGUUACACAGCUACCAACUUUACAAGACCCUGGAUGCUCAGAUUUGUUAGCUUUGGAACAGGGAUAAUAUAUACACUUUGCCAUAGUGACACUGGAGAUUGUUAAUGCUUAAUAUACUAGUAGUAAUAUCUGCUUACAGGAUUGGCCCAAAAACCAGUCAAUUAUAAGAGGCCAUGUGUUAAACCUUAAAAUUGCUUAUGAGGUUGUUUCAUUCUUCUCAGAUCAA